UAAUUUGAUAAUUUUUCAGCAUGAAAAUAAGAACUUGAUUUCUAAAAGCAUCUUUUGUCGCUCGCCCUGAUUUUUUCUAUCUAGAACAGUCAUUGGGCGCAUAGUGAGUAAACACAGCAAGGUGUCUGUUCCAACAGACCCGACACCACAGCCGCAGUUUGAUACUUCAAGUCGAACGAGCCUCAUAUCUGAAAUUGUUAUGGAAGAAAAUACUGGACAGAUGCCUGAUCCUGUUUCACAAAACAAUACAGAGCCAUGCCUGAGACAGUCAGCAGGAAAUGUAGGCUUGGAUGCUGUUGUGGAUGAAGUUGAGAAAAUGGAAACUGAAGAUGUUGUUCCUCAAGUCACUGAAAAUGGAGGAGAAAUGAUUGGAAAUGGAAGCAUAUCAGAGAACGAUAUCGAAAUUGCUGAUGACAAAGAAAGCAUUGAGGAUACUGAUGAUGAAUUUGGAUUCUGUAAAUCAGAAGCGACGUUUAGUUUUUCAGUUCCAAAUGUUCAUAAGCUUUCUGAGUCUGUUACGAGUCCAAAAACUUUUAUUCGCGGAUUGCCUUGGAAGAUAUUAAUCAUGCCUCGCAGCCAUCCAGAUCGAACUCCUGGUGCAAAAAGUUUAGGAUAUUUUCUUCAAUGUAAUGCUGAUAACGACUCAAGCUCUUGGUCUUGUCAUGGUGCUGCAGAACUACGCAUCCUGCCAGCUAAGAAAGGAGGUGAAAUGCUUGAGAAGAAAAUUAGUCAUAUAUUUCAUUGUAAAGAAAAUGACUGGGGAUUCAGCAAUUUCCUGCCAUGGUCAGAUUUGAUUAACCCUGAAAAAGGAUUCAUAACUCCCGAAAAAAGUCUUACUUUCGAAGUCCACUGCUUUGCAGAUGCUCCACAUGGUGUGGCUUGGGACAGUCGAAAGCUGACUGGGUAUAUUGGUUUAAAAAAUCAGGGUGCUACUUGCUAUAUGAAUAGUGUUUUGCAAACACUCUUCUUUACAUCCAAACUGCGAAAGGCAGUUUACCUAAUGCCGACAGAAAGUGACGAUUCUAUGAAAAGUGUGUCAUUAGCUUUGCAGCGGGUAUUUUAUGAUCUCCAGCACAGUGACAAGCCAGUUGGAACUAAAAAGUUGACUAAGUCAUUCGGUUGGGAAACGUUAGAUUCAUUCAUGCAACACGAUGUGCAGGAGUUCUGUCGUGUGCUCAUCGAUAAUUUAGAGAGCAAAAUGAAGGGAACAUGUGUCGAGGGAACAAUUCCUGGACUUUUUCGAGGCACAAUGACAUCAUAUGUCAAAUGCAAGUUUGUCAAUUAUGUCUCGAGUAGAGAGGAGUCUUUUUACGAUAUUCAACUCAGUGUCAAAGGUCAUAAAAAUAUUUUGGAAUCAUUGAGAGAAUAUGUCAAGCCAGAGACACUCGAUGGUGAUAAUAAAUUUGAUGCUGGCGAAAAUGGUAUGCAAGAAGCAGAGAAGGGUGUCACCUUUAAAACCUUCCCACCUGUACUUCAUCUUCAGUUACUCAGAUUUCACUAUGAUCCGAUAACAGAUAUGAACAUUAAAAUAAAUGAUCGGUAUGAAUUUUUUGAGAAACUUGAAUUGGAUGAAUUUUUAGAAGUACCAGACUCAGCUGACAAAGCAACUUAUAUCCUGCAUGCUGUUCUUGUUCACAGUGGUGAUAAUCAUGGCGGUCACUAUGUUGCUUAUUUGAAUCCUGUCGGAGAUGGCAAGUGGUGUAAGUUUGACGAUGAUGUUGUAUCAAGAUGUACAAAGAAAGAAGCUUUUCAUGGUAGUUUUGGUGGACGAGAUGAGGAAAGUUUUAUUGGGAGGCAUUCAACCAAUGCAUACAUGCUGGUAUACAUUCGAGAAAACAAGCUAUCUGAGGUUUUGUGUCCGAUUUCUGACAAAGAUGUUCCUGAAAACCUAGUAAACAGAUUAAGUGAUGAAAGAGAAGUGGAAGCUUAUCGAAGAAAAGAGAGGGCGGAAGCACAUUUAUACAUGACAGUAAAUGUAAUAACUGAAGAUCAGUUUUGGGGUCACCAAGCAGAAGAUUUAUUUGAUGUCGAACAUCCUUUCUUAACAAGAACAUUUCGUGCUCGACGCCAACAGAGUUAUGAUCAAUUCAUGGAUACACUAGCAGACUCGUUUGGUUAUCCCAGAUCUCACAUCAGAAUUUGGCCUCUUACUCAAAGACAAAACAGUACCUUGAGACCAUGCACUCUGGAUGAGCAGGAGGCUCGUACUAAACCAUUAUUUGAAAUAGCUGAUGGAGAAGUACCUUGGAAUUUAUGGCUUGAAGUCUUACACAGCGAUUCAGAUGCAACUGCCUUGCCCCCCUUUGAUAAAGAUGGAGAUGUACUGCUUUUUGCUAAAAUGUACCUGCCUACAUACAAGUGCAUUGCGUAUUGUGGUCAUUUGACUGUUCCUAUAUCCGGCACAAAAAUGGGCGAUCUUGAAGUUGAGCUGCGAAAAAGGGGUGGAUUGCUUCCUGACACACCGUUACUUCUUUUCGAGGAAAUCCAACCUUCGCAUUGUUCACCUAUAAAAGAUAAAUCACUGAAUUUGGGUGAAGCUAUGGAUAAAUUAAUGGAUGGAAAUAUUAUUGUUUUUCAAGUUGAUUCACCAGAUAAUGAUAAUUCCUCAUUACCAACAGCAAAGGCUUUUUAUCGAGAUUUAUAUCAUAGAGUAGAAGUUAUAUUCUGCAACAAAAAUGAUCCGAGUGAUCCAGGAUUUCUUGUUUCUUUGAGUCACAAAAUGACAUACAAUCAGAUGGCAGUCGAAGUGGCGAAACGCAUAGAUGCCGAUCCAACAAUGCUGCAAUUUUUCCGAAUGCAAACUGUGCGAGAGAUUCCAGGGGCAGUAAUACGAUCACAUUAUGAAGGACAACUGAAAGAUUUAUUACAGAUUUACGGAAGUCGGAAACUCACUAAAAAAUUAUAUUAUCAAGAGCUGUCUAUGAAAGUUGGUGAAUUUGAAAACAAGCGUCAAUUCAGAUGUGUAUAUGUUAGUCCAAAACUAAAAGAAGAAGAAUUAUUGUUAUAUAUCAACAAAAACAGUGAUGUUGCGUCUUUGUUAAUGGAAUGUAAAAAAAAGAUGUCACUGCCUCCAGAACAGGAUGUUCGCUUGUUGGAAGUUGUCGGAAACAAGAUUUUCACUGUGAUGCGUCCUGAGUCAUCAACUGAAUUAAUCGCGGCUCAUAAUCCUGCAACUAGAGUAUAUCGUAUUGAACAAAUUCCCCCUGACCAGAAAGAGCUUGCCGAAGAUGAAAUAUUGAUUAAUGUCGUUCACUACAAUAAGGAAAUUUAUCAAACUUUUGGAGUUCCUUUUCUUAUCAAGAUUAAGACAGGAGAAAGAUAUAAGCAGAUAAAAGAAAGAAUACGAAAUGUUCUUGACGAUAAGGAUUUUGAAAAAUGGAAAAUAUCUGUCGUGAUGCAAGGACAGGCAAGAGUAAUUAAUGAAGAAACUGAUAUUCAUGUUAAUGUUAAGGAUUUGAUCUCACCUUCUUACACAACACAGGUUUCCAGUAUAUGUAAUAAGGCAUGGAUCGGCCUCGAUCACGUAAACAAAGCACCAAAACGUCACACUGGAAGGUUUGGUUAUCUGGAAAAGGCAAUCAAGAUACAUAACUAACUUUUAUCAGUUGAAUAUUUUAAUUUGGAAUUUGUAACCGUCUAAUUUUCAUUCAAGCUCUUCAAAUAGUUAUUUGAUUUUGCCAUCAUAUAAAGCAGAUAUCUCUGACAGCAGUUAUAACGUGUUUUUAAUUAGAAACAACAGUUGAUGGAUUAUUCCAAAGAUUACCAGACUUGAUAGUUAUGUUCUAUUUUUAUGUACAAAACUGAAGUUUUCUGAAAAUUCAUGUAAGUUGUUACUUGUUACCUCAGCUUACCCCUGGAAUGUCUUAAUAAUCUUUCAAAUAUCUGAGCUUAUUCAUUCUAUUGAAUUGUUGUUAUCUUGUUGAAGAUUUCAUCAGACAGCUUGAAUGAUUUGUUUUUAGUCUGUUCGUUUAUUCCGAUGCCCACCUUCAUUAAUGGUUUCACCAUUCACAGUUGUCAUUCUUUUUGAUUUUUAUAAUCAUAUCCAUAUAUGGGGGCAUAAAUUGAUGUCCUAGAUGUGACGUGACAUUAAGUUCUUGUUUUGCAAUAUUCUAAUUAUAUACCAGUAAUCCAGAACAGUGGGUAUGUUAUAUUUUGAUCGGUGUUGUUGAAAUUUAGUUUGUACAAUGUCGCUCUUGAAAUCAUUCUUGACUGAUAUGUUCCAUAACUAGAUUGUAAUCCUCUUUGUAUGCUAAUAACUUGUUUUUUGAAGUUUUCAUCGUACUUACUGUUCGAACAAUCGUUUGGGGGAAUAUGCACUCAUGUAGACAUAGAUGAAACAUGCUCAACAAAAAUGAACUGUUAAUAACAAUAUAGUUAUAAGCUAACAUUUGGUUGGAAUAUACAGAAGUGUGUAUCUGCAUGAAUAAAAUACUUCAUUUAAUUAAUAAAUAUGAAUGAUUUAUAUUUAAAAAAAAAAGGUAAGGAUACAGUUCGUAGUGCCUUUGUAUUGAAAAUUCGAAUUUUAUCAAUUAAAUUUUGCAUUAUUUUAUCAAUAAUCUUAGAAAUCAACUGGAACUGCAACCUAUUGUUUUGUAUACUUUGAUGUUUGGGAUAUUGUAAUGUUUCAUUGUAUUCUAUAGGUUAUUUUCAGCUUUGUUAUUUUGCUUUGCAUUAUGCUUGUUUAUGUUCAAUUCUACAAUGCAUGCUUGUUGUUUGGGCUGCUUUUGUUGUAUAACAAUCGAUUGAACUUGUAACUUGAUUUGGUUCUUGGUAGAAUGUGUUGUAUAAUUAUUAUUGAUGCUAUUAUAAGUCUUUAAAUAUUUCUUCUAGUUCAAUAAAUUAACUAGAACAUUUUCUCAAA